AUGGGUGCGAGACUUUGGGGAUAUUGUGAACUUAAACUCCUUUCGAGCACCCGUCGACUUCAUCUGGCUGUUCAUGCGUACACAUUGUAUCAGGCGCGGUGGGCUCUUACCAACAUGUUCCGGUCAUUCCAGUCGUUCAUUAUAUUCGUGGCCCUUACUCUGCACGUAUGUGCUGAGAGCGAGGAUCCCACAAAAGAGCCCGAAAAUUCCAUUGGACCAGGACCCGACUCUAAAUCCUGUGCAUUCAACAGCACCUUUGGCCCAAAUAUCAUGGUAGGCACAGUAAAGUACGUCCCAUCGGAAUCCGCAAAGCGUGUGAGAGGUAAUGAUAAUGCUGAUGCAUACGUCAGACUCCCAGACAACAGCACAGAAAUCAAUGCCUGGAUCUACGGGUACAAUUGGUGUAGUCACAGCAAUCUCGUCUCGAAAAGUACAGAUAUCUGCAAAGAGACAUCUGCGCCGAACGAGGCGGUGGAGUUCAUGCGCAUCCCGUUGACGGACGAGAUGGCCCAAUUCGAUUGGGAUUGCUACGCCAAUGUCGAUAUCCGAUUCCAUGGGUGCGGCGACAACUCGAGCGCAGACAGCGGAAGCAUUGUGGGAGAUGUCGGAGGAAUCACGGCUUCUAUCACCGCGAAGGAUGGGUCUUCUUCACACGAGUACCAAUGUGUAGACGAUCGAGAGUGUCAUUCCUGCGUGUACAACGCGCAGAUCAAACCCGCGUCGGAAGUCGAACUAAAAGCGUUCAUGAGCGCUAACGAUUCGGCAGUGUGGUGUGAUGGCUGGGCCCUGACAAGCAAGAAAGUGGUGUUUUGGCUAGGCAAAAACAUGCAGCAAAUGUAUGUACAUGGACGGCAGCGUCGCUACAGAUUCUCCGGUCAUGAGAGCAUCGCCAAGCAUACAUUAGGGCGCCACUCGGUUCCUGACAUCUUUCCUGGCAAGCGCCCACGAAGGUUGGUAUGGGUCCUGGUAGCUCGAUUUGCCGGACGCGGCACGUGGUUGUACUCGACACAGCAGCACUUCUUCCAACUGCAGCCCAACUUCUUGAACGCAGGACGGCGUUGCUUUUUGAUUGCAUUGGGCACCAAGAUGGCCAAUUUUUCUAAAGACUCUUGCCGUCAAUUGGAGCUACCGUCGCAUCGGAUGAGCCCAGCCAAAUCGGUCAAGUUAUGGAUGUAG